ACUUUCAGUUGUUCAAGUGAUUUUGCUCUGAUUUAAUGCAAUUUACUGCGGUUACAGAAACGAGAAUAUUCAUCUCAAACGUAAACAUUAUACCUAAUAUGUGCGCUGCUCAUUGACCACGCAUUUGCUGUGAACGUUUUGAGAAAAUAAUUUGUGCAGCGAAAUUUUUCGCUUUUUGUUUGUGUGCCCGAAGAACGCAUCCUAGGUGUUCGUUCUAAAGUUUGAAGGUUUCGCAAUUUAUAGAUCACAAUUAAACGUGAUCAAGUGCAUGUAUUGUUAAGGGUUUAUAUGUGUACGUGCUGGGGAAUAUUUUCCAUUGAUCAAUAGUUUCAACCUAUCGAGAGAAAACAAAAAACGAGCGAGCCCGACAAAAUGCAAUUCGUGACGAGAACGGUAUGUUUCGCAUUCAUCAUCGGAUCGAUUGUCAGCGCUUCAGAUCAACCAGAAAAAUCGAAAUUACAAGAAGAAUUUACAGCUGACCCAAAAGUACAAUCAAAAAGGGGUGCUGAUGAUAGUCGUCAAGUUAACGCAAAUUUAAACUCAGGCUUCAGCCCAUCACAAUCAACCAUCACAAAUUUACCACAGUUCUAUGGCGGUCAUUUUGCACAGCUUGGUAACUUUUUCGCUUCAGCAGCUGCACCGCAGAUUUACUACGUUAAAGCUCCACAAAGUAACCAUGCAGGUGUUCAAUACCCUACAGCAAAUGCAUUGAAGAUAGCCUACGUACCGGCACCACAGCCGCAACAUUCCGUCACGUAUGCAACUGCACCGACGAAUUCAAAAGUUGGUACUGCAACUCAGCCGCAUUAUCAAAACUAUCAGCUAGCUUACACACAUCAACCAAUAUCGUAUUCAGCAGCAGCCAUUGCAGUGCCAUACAGCAACAAUCAUCAACAGCAAAUCGUACAAAUUCCGAACGGUUAUCAAUUGGCAGCUUAUUCCCAUCAGCCGGUCCAAAUUUCCCAGCCAUAUUCCUACGUAACAUCCGCUCCAAAUGAAGCGGGAAAGGCAAUCGUACAUGGCCCGAAUGCGGCACAAGCAAGCGUUGCAUAUCAUCAACAGCCACAGACUUUCACCUUUCCGACAUAUCAACACUUAGCUGCUCCAAUUAAUAUUCCCACAGCCGCAAAGUUCGUAGCAUUUCCAACUUACUCACCGACACCAUCUCAGUAUAAGUCGAUAAAUGCACCACAUGCAUCAGUUCAACCAUCAGCGACAGCCGCUACUCACAGUGCUCACGAUGGAGCGACAAGUUUUGCAUCAUUUUCGCAACAACUUAAUCAACGUCAUCACACAGCACCUACAGCCAUAGCACCAGUGAAGGUGUUGGCACAACCCCGUCAACAAUAUUAUGUAACAGCACCGCCACCAUCUUCGCAAGUCGGCUACAGUUCACAGAAAAUUGCAUUCCAACCAAUUACAGCUGCUGCUUCAUCACCACAGGCAUAUGAAUCACCUCACAACGGUGUCAUCCAUUACGGAACCCAUUUGUACCAUCCAGUGCUUGGCAAAUAUGGUAUUGGUCAUGUUGCACCAGCAUCGCCAAAACUUAUUUAUUCGCAUUAAUGCAGACACUCUCACAUCAUGUGAGAUUCAUGCAUGAUCUUAGAUUUAAAUUUAUUUUUAUGAGUUUGAAUUUUUUUGAAUAAAAUAUAAACUGAGAAACAA